AUGUUGGAGUUGCGUGAGCGGGUGUUAGGGGUUCCAAAUCGUGAUAAGAUUUAUAAAGAGCAGUCCAAGACUAAUGGGAGCCUAGCUGUUCAGUCCACUGCCAUCACAAAGUUUAUAAAUAUUCUACUAAGACCGAUCCAGCGGUGGUUAUGUUUCAACUAUUAUUGGCCACGGCCAUGCAGAGUUUUUGCAGUACUAUCAUGGCUUAUGGCUCAAUGGUAUUUCACUUACAUUGAAUUUGGUCUUGUAUUUUUUAUUUUUUCAUUGUUUGUCCUUUUGUUUAUAAACUUGGGAAAACGAAAGUCGGGCGAAUUGAGUGCCUAUUCUGUAUUCAAUCCUCAAUGCGAACGAUUGCCUGGCACAAUAACAGCUGAACAUUUUGAAAGAGAUUUGUUGAAGAGGAAAAUGUCGCAUUAA